GGGGCCGGCGCGGCGGGGCGGGGCCGGGUCUCGGGCCGGGGUGACAGCGCGGCCGCCGCCCCGGCGCCGCCGCCCCACCCGCAUGGAGGGCGGCGGGGAGGCGCUGCCCGCCGACCUGCGGGAGCUGGCCAGCAAGGUGGGACGGCGGCCGCCCGCCGGGCUGCUGCGGGGGCUGCGGGCCGAGACCGCCCCCGCGCCGCCCGCACCGCCCGCGCCGCCCGCACCGGCCCACGGCGCCCGCCCGCCGCUCGCCGACCGCCCGCCGCUCGCCGACCGCCUCCGGGCGCUCCGCCUCGAGCUGGCCUACCUGCGAGCAGUCGACGUGAAGAUCCUGCAGCAGCUGGUGGUGGUGAACGAGGGCAUUGAGGCAGUGAAGUGGCUGCUGGAGGAGAGGAGCACCCUGACCAGCCGCUGCAGCAGCCUUGCCAGCAGCCAGUACAGCCUGGUGGAGAGCCAGGCGGCCUCGCGGCGGGGCAGCUGGGACAGCCUGCAGGACCCCAACGACAGGCUGGACAGCAUCUCUGUUGGUAGCUACCUGGACACCUUGGCCGAUGACAUGGAUGAGUAUUCCCAAAACGCCACUGAAACUGCUGUUGCAUCCACACCAGGCAGAGCCCUGGUCAGGGCAGAGCAGGACUGGGUCAGGAUCGACCCCGAGAGGGGUCUUGCAAAGCAAGAGAAGGGCAAAGCGGAGCACGAGUGGCCCCAUGUGGACCUCUCCCCACCCAGGCUGCCUCAGGAUCACCGGUUUGCUAAGGAGCCCCAGGUGGCCAACGGGUAUUUGGGCCAGCAGCCCUCCUCUCUGGAACCAGACAGAGACACCAAAUUGCCAUCGGGGGCCAGGGAGAGGCUGGGGAAGGGGAACCUGGGUGGGAAGGCUUGGAAAGCUGAGGCUGACUUCGAGAACUGCAAACUCAACAGCAAACUGCACGUGGAGUACGAUGCCCACUGGCGCUGGCUCCAGUCUCAGGAUGAUGUGACAUUCUUGUAGCCUGUGGCUUCACCUUCCCACUCCAGCUGUCCCAACUGCGCGCUCUGCUUCAGUUGUCUCUUCUUGGGAGAGCUGGGGUGGCUGGAGAGAAGGGGGGCAGGCUGGCUUGAUGGUAUUGCAUUGUUCCCCCCAUCAGUGUUUGGUGAUACAGCCCUAAGGGAUGGGAUGCCUGCCCUGUGGCAAAUUUCUGGGAGAGGUGGGAUGAGGUGGGUCCCUGUAAAUCUAAUCUUUUGUUCUGGGGUGAUGCUUGCAGGUGGCUAGUUACUCCUGUGUUGUCCUUGGUGUUGGUGGCAGGGAAGGGUGGGUGAGGAAACCUGGGACAGUGGGACUCCUGGGACCUCUCCCCUCAAAUUCUCAUUCUCCUGUCUGCAAGCACUUCCCCCAAGCUGGCUACCCAGAGAGGACGGGAGAUGCUGCUAUACAGCCACAGCUCAGUGGCACCAGCAUUCGAGGUGCGGGGCGGGACCAUCAGCAGGGCAUCCCUGUAGGAUGUGCUCAUUUCCAUCAUCAUCUUCAAGGCCAGUGUCCAUCCAAGGUAGAGUCGACGUGGAGUACCUGGGAUGUGACCGCAGCAUGUGGUGGCAGCUAAGCCCCCCCUCCCUGAGGUGAAGCCUUGCCUGCUUUAAAUGCCUCUGCGAAGCCGAUCUGAAGCCUGAUCAGGGAGGUCGCUGUAGCUGCUUCUGUUGGGCUGGGGAUCCUUUGCCUGCCCUCUGGGGGAAGGAUGACGGUGCAGACUUCCCUCCCCGAUGUGAUUACAUGAGAGGGGCAAAGCACUGGGUGGGAGACGGAGAUCCAGUUCUCCCAGUUUGUUUCUGGACUGUCUUCCACCUUGGGACCAGGUCCUGCAAUAAACCCUGGGCUGUGGUGGAAGUACAGGCAGCCUGAUGGAGCCUGUGGGGUUCAGACUCAGAAAGGCUCUUGCUUUCCCCUGGCGCAGUGUGAUGGGGGUGAGAGCUGGCAUCUCCAUCUGUGUGAUGAGUGGUGUCAGGUCUCUGCUUCCUACCAGCGACCAGAAACGUGAGCCUCCUCUGUCGGGGUGGAUUUGCAGCAACCUGCACUGGAGACAUCUCCUCUGUCCUUUUAGCCUUGGCUUCUGCCUGUGCCUUUUACUGUCUGUCCACCAUACCUCCCAGCACACCCUUUGCUGGCUUGUAGAGCAUGGCUUGCAGCUGGAGCUGUGCGAGAGCUUGGGCAGGACCUGCUGCCGUCACCAGAUGAUGCAAGGAAGGACCUGAGUAUCCUGCAACCACCUGCUUCAAGGAGAGGGGCUCUUCCACAUGUGUGGACAAGCCUGGAGGGUCUUGGCUUCACAACCCAUGGGUGCAUCCGUCCCUAGCCAAGUGCUGUGACAGCUUUGCUCUUGCCACAGCGCUGUUGUUCCUCUGCCUGCCUGGGUGGCAGCCUGGCUCUUUCUUUGCUGGGGUGGGUGGUGGGAGUGGGGACAACAUCUGAUGUCCAUGGGAAGUGAAGAGAGAGGGAAGGCCUGGCUGUGACUCUUCCUAGAUACGAGAUGUGGCCUGGCUGUGGUUGGGUGCACAACAGGUUCAGCUUUCUGUCUCUCAAGCAGCAUCUUCAGUGGAAACUACCCUCUGUGCCGAGACCCCCGAGCACCUUCCCUUCCCCUGCAGAUCCUUAGGGCUUGCCCAGAUGGACAUGGAAAGCAGGACAAUGUCCAAAAUUCCUGGAGAUGGCACCUGCUGAGGACUUGAGGGAAUCCCAACAAACCAGAACCGGGUUGCCCUAUGCGAGCAUCCCAUCUGCCUGCCCUGGAGCAGCCAUGCUUGGCUGCGAGCAGCUCGUGGCUCCCUGUGCUCUGCUGCUGCUGCUGAGCCACCAUGUCCCCCAAGGCUGGCUGUUCCCCGCUUUCCUUCUAGCCCUGCAUGCGAUGAAUCAGCUGAGGGUCCCUGGGGGAGACAGGGUAAGUCCUCCAGUACUGUUAAAAUCAUUCUCAACAAAAAAUAGCUGACUUAAUAAAUGGUAGUGUUUCUCCCAG